AUGGAGGCGCCGCGCCGGCGGUACCGCGGGGGCCCGGCCGUGCCGCCCUGGAAGGAGACCUACCGCCGGCGCUGCAUGGAGAGGCUGAGGAGCAGCCGGGCGAAGCUGCUGGACCGGUACCGGCGGGCCGGGGAGGGAGCGGGCGGACACGGCCCGGGCGCGCUGCUGGUGCAGGAGGUGAUGGAGCAGGAGUGGCAGAGCCUGCCGGCCUUCGGGGGAGGGGAGCUGCUGGUGCAGAUGCUAGAGGACCCCGAUGAGCUAGCGGUACUGGAAGAGAUCCAGCAAGAGCUGAUUUUGCAAGAACAGUUGGUUAUAAAAGAGUAUGAGCAAAGCCUGCAGUUUGAUGAAGAAUGUCUCAAUGCAAUGCUUGAUGGCUUGGAUGCUAGUGACAAGGUCAUCUGCCCUGUGUGCAGGAGGAAUAACCUGACCGUGAGCGAUCACUUGGUUUCUUGCCAGUGUGGGUUAUACAUCAGCACACAGGGUAUGACCGAAGAGAAGCUUCGGGUGCUUCUAGAAAACACACUAACAGAGCACAGUCACAGGUGCUUUCACAACCCAGAGUUUGCUGUUACCAGUGGAAUGGAGGAAGGAGCCAGUCUUCUCAUGAGCUGUCCGGUGUGUGACUCCUGGACGAUUCUCCUGUAA